AGUUCAUUCAAUUCCAGCCUACACCCAUAAACGACACAGGCUGAGGGAGAUGAUGGAGGACCUUAUGCUAAAAAGCGCGAUCUUUUUAACGACUUCGGAUGAAGAUAAAUACUUCUUAUUUGAUUAUUAUUCCUUACAGACUUAGUUCGUUGUUUAUGACAAUAACAAACUCUCUUCAUAGUAUGAUCUAUAGAAAGAUACAACUACAUUGUACAAGCCCUAAGCCCUAGCCCUGCCCCUAGCCGUAUCCCUAAGCCUAACAGUGCAACUGUAGUGACGUAAUUCAUUUUAGUAUCUACCUCGGUCGGUCACCGGGAGCUCCGGGCGAGCUAAACACCGCGCAAAACGUCGAAAGAUGACCAGCGCAACUCCCUCGCUGAGUGCGGAGGAGCGACGAGAAAGCAAAGCGCAACGCGCAUACCCAUCGAGAGAUGGCCGGCGCGAUUCCUCUGCCGAAAGCGCGCGCCUGGCUUGCUGUGCAACUUCUCCCCUGUGCCCUGCGUGUCUGGUGGGGUGUGUCUUUGCUUUUUCGUUUCUGCCUGCUCUGUUUGUGUGUGCCUAGGAUAGUCCGGGCCCUUGCGACGUGUCGGAAUGUACCACCGCACGGGUGGCGGGUACUUCUGUGUGCGGUUUGGCUAAACUAAAUUAGCGCGCGAAGCUGUAAGGCUAAGGCUUUCGGCGGUGGUUCUGGGCUUUCCGCUCGACGCUGUUCUUGGCGCUUUCCCCCAAUCGAAUGGUGGCGCAGCUUCCGUCGCUUGUUCUUAGCGUUAGCCAUCGCGCUGCCCGGUCGUCGCCCGCUGUGUUUUCCCCUCGCACCAUGAGCGCGGGCGGUGCCUCGUUUCCCUUUCGUUGGGUCGUUCUUUCGCGCUUCCUUGGUCGCGCGUGCUGGUCGGUGCUGGCUUCACCACAGACACUGGCGAGGCCGCUUCUUUGGCUUUGUCAGUUUACGCUGCUCGGCUCCGCGUGCGUGGGAGGUGCCUAAACAUCACUGGGCCAGCGGCUUGGCGGGCGUGCCUGCAUGCAGUGGCUUGCGGCUUCGUUCUUCGACGGGCUCGAGGUUGGGCGUAUAGUCUUCGCCCGCUUCUGAUUGUCGAACGCAGAUGCACCCACGGGGUGGGAGUAGCUGAAUCGGCGUCGUUGCUUUUGUUUUUAGGAUUUCUUUGGGUCACUCACUGAGUGGACGACCACCCCGCCGCAACCGGCUUAGACUUGUGCGCUGCGACUGUGCACCAGGAUAGACAUGGGGCGCGAGAGAGCUGUGGCUAGCGUGGCUCGUCUCUUUCAAUUCUGCUGAGCUUUGGCGCUAGCGCGCCUUGGAGGCGCUUCAGACCUUGAGGGAGUCCGCUAGGCUUGGCUUUAUCUUUGUCUUUCUUGCGCGGCUAGUAAUAUCGCGCGGGGGGUAUUGUAAUGCACAGCUGCCCCCCCUCGGGCUCUCCUCGCCCCCGUUAUCAUUAUUUCAGUAUCUACACAACUUAUUACAACUGUGCCGCGUAUUUCUUGGUACAACUAGUACAACGAGGACCACACAGCGACUACUUCUUGUCUUCACGGUCAGCGUGUUAGUUUGUGUAAGGAUGUUGAUGUAAGUAAAGCGAGGCUUUGUUCUUAUUCAUGCUUGUUCUAGAUCACUACUAUAGAGCAAAACAAGAGGCAUGACCAGAAAAAACUACAACCACGCAUACCGGUGCUAGUACGUAGUUACGAUCCUAAGAAAAGAUGACCACGAGGGUUGUGUGAAAAUUUCAUGCAUAUUCAUACGAGAAAGAGUUUACUAGGGUUCCAGAUUUCGCUUGGGGUGGAGCGAUAUACUUCUACCAGCAAAACUAGUCUUCCACUAGUAAGUAAGAACUGGUGUGGACUUUCAUCCUCGAAGAUUCCAUACGAUGACGCUACAAAUUGACGAUGACGCCAAUAACAACGUGAACAAUUAGAAGUCGCCUUCUUGUAGUGAAAUUGAAGAACAAUAUUUAGAUAUCUUGAUAAACUACGUAGC